AUGAGAUUCCUUCAGGCAGGUCCUUUGACAGCUGCGCUGUCCGCUGUUGCCGGAGUAGCAUCCGCAUCCGUCUUCCAGAACCACACCUAUGACUACAUCGUUGUCGGUGGUGGUCCCGCCGGUAUCAUCAGCGCCGAGAAGUUCGCUCAGGCCGGCAAGAAGGUCUUGCUUCUCGAGCGCGGUGUCGGCCCAACUGUUGCCACCGGUGCCAACGAGACCCUCGAAUGGAACGAUCAACUGACCGCAAUCGACCUCCCCGGAUUAUCUGCCGAUGUCGGCAACCUUGACGUCUGGAACGAGUAUAUCUGCUCUGACACCGAAGGCAUGGCCGCGUGUGUCCUCGGCGGUGGUGUCACCGUCAACUACAUGGUCUUCGUUCACCCGCCUGCUCGUGACUUUGAUGACAAGUGGCCCAAGGGCUGGAAGUGGAAUGAUGUCGAGCCUGCCGCUGACAGACUCUACAAGCGUAACCCCGGUACCAUCCUUCCCUCCGCCGACGGAAAGCGUUACGACCAGGGUCUCUACAACGUGCUGUCCAAGUUCUUCGGUGGUCUUGGCUGGAAGUCCGUUGACAUGAUCGCCCAACCCGACGAGAAGACCAAGGUCUACAGUUACCCUGCAUGGAACGUCCAGGACCAGAAGCGCGCUGGCCCUGUCCGCACUUACCUCCCCGAUGCCGUCAAGCUUGACAAUUUCCAGCUCGCCCUUGGCACAAAGGUCCUCCGCUUGAUCCGCUCUGGUAGCAAGGUCACCGGAGUUGAGAUCCAGAAUGCCGCUGGUCGCUCUGAGAUCAUUACCCUUGCUCCUCGUGGUCGAGUUGUGCUUGCCGCUGGUGCUCUGAGCACCCCUCGUGUUCUCUGGAACUCUGGUAUCGGCCACAAGGCCCAGAUCGAGAUUGCCCAGAAGAGCGGCGUUGCUGUUCCUCCCCAGGCCCACACCAACGCCUCAUUCGGACUCGUCGACUACGAGGGCGUCCUCAACGGAACCGACACCCGUGACAUCUCCCUCUAUGGCAAGGACAGUGGUGUUCUCACCCAGGGCAAGCACCGUAUGAUCUUCUUCACUUCCGAGGAGGUUGACGGCCACACCCAAUACUUCCAGGGCUCCUGCGCCCCCACUGGCGAGGGUGUCGUCACCAUCACCAGCUACCUGACUCACGGUCUCACUUCUUCCGGUGUUCUCGGACUGGACUCUACCGGCAAGACCAUCCUCGAGCAGUCGCCCUACCUCCAGACCGCUUCUGACCGCAAGGCUGCUCGUAUGUUCAUCCAGAAGCGUAUCGACGAGAUCACCGCCCCUUCCACUGGUUUUGAACUCCAGACCAACACCAAUGUCUCGGCUAUCAUGAACGCCUUGCAGUCUGGUAACCACUACACCAGCACCGCUAAGAUGGGCACUGAUGACGGCCGUAAGAACGGUACUUCCGUCGUUGACACCAACGCCAAGGUGUAUGGAGUCGACAACCUGUUCAUUGUCGACGGAAGUAUUCACCCUGACCUUCCCACCGGUAACAUCCAGACUACCAUCAUGGUGGUCGCUGAGGCUGCCGCCGCUAAGAUUCUUCGCUGCUAA